ACUGGGAGGCGCUUCGUCCGCCGCUGCCGCCGGAGAGGCUCGGGCGGGGAAGACGCCCUGCCGGGAGCGGCCUCCCACGUUACCGUGGCAACGGCGCACCGCCUUCCCCGCCGGGCAGCGGCGGUGCUCUGCGGCCUCCCGUUCCCCUCCCGCGGCGGCCGUGGGGAGAGUGGAAGGGAGCGGUGGUGGUGCUGGCGGCGGCUGCCGUGGGCUGUGAGGUGGCGGAGCCCGGCGGGAGAGAGAGGGGAGCAGCAAUUGAGGGGCUUGGGGCUGCGCUUUCUCUUCGGAGCGUGUGACAGCGGGCGUGUGAGUGGCCGGCUGGGGCUUGUGACUGACAGAAUAACUCGUGGAGCUUUUUUACCGGACCUGUCACAGCCCGGCUUGUCGGGGUUUCUUGAUGACUUAAACAGAUGGAGUCUACUUCUCAUUUCUCCUUUUAUAUGGCCUGAUAAGUUACUUAAACCAGAACAUAUAGCUUUUGUGACAGAAAGCAUUUCAGCACAGACAGAUAACUUACAAAAAAUACCUGGCUCUUCAAAAGAGAUUGUGAAGUGGUCAGACUACUGUUCACCAUUGGCCUAUAAACCUGGUGAGCCUUAUAAGCUAAUUGCUGAAGCAAGUUUAGAUAACUUCAGUAACCUUGGAAUAGCAUUCAUGGAAGACAGGCUUCAAAUGGAUAAUGGAAUGGUGCCACACAAGAUUGUUUCUGUACAUUUACAGGAAUCUAGUCUGAAGGAGUUGGCACAGGUGGCACCAUCUGUAAAAGCACGAAGUGCUAAUGGCACACAAAUGGAUGAAGUAACUCCUGCUGAUUCUUUUGAGACUGAUUUGAAAUCAGGAUUAGCAGUAGCUGAGUCUGCAGGAGAGGAAAGUGAAGAGGAAAAGUCUAAGCUAGGGAAAGAAAGUGAGCAUGAAGAUGAAUCUGACAAAGAGCCAGGUGCUGCAGAACAUCAUCACUUGCAUAUUUUCAGCUGCCAUGAAUGCCUGCAACUUGAAAAGAGUACUAUUGAAGCCAUCAAACUGGCCUCUAGAGAAGACAUUCCAAAACUUUCUGAUGAUUCCAAUAGCAAACUGGAAGACAAGAAUGAUGACCAUCUAGCAAAAGGAAUGAAACGAGUGAACCUUGCUGGAAAGCCCCCAAAUGUAUUGAUUUAUCUUGGCUCUGAAACUGCAAAAGUGGAAUUUGAGCAGGUAAAAUCAGUCCUUCAGGAAUGCAUUGAUGCAGACAGCUAUACCAUCUACCAGCUGCAUGAGGAACAAGUUUUGAAAGAUCCAUGGAUUGAUAAUUCACUGCUGUUGGUCAUUGCCACAGAGGAGCCUAUUUCUGAGGAGUGCCACAAACAAUUUAUGAAGUUUUUAUCUAAAGGUGGGAAGAUUCUAGGUUUUUCUUCAUCUUUUACAUUUGAUGGCAUACGAAUAAAGAGAAAAAACAAACUGAAGAAGACUGUUCAUGAAUUAGUAGUCUCUAAAAUGGACAGCACUGAAAUUAAAUUAAAUCUUUUGGUCAGUGGCAGUAUUUUUGAGGAAGUGGUGAAGAAAGAUACCAGCAAAGUGAAGACAUUGUGUCGAUUAAAUAAUGCUGAUAAAGAUGCAGUUAUUGUUCAUCUGACUUAUGGGGACAAUGGAGGGGAAGCCAUUCUUUCUCAGGCACACUUGGAACUGGAUAUCAGUUCUAUGGAAGUACAAACUGAAGAGGAUUUUAAUUUGCUUAAGUUAAGCAAUGCCAAGAGAUGUGACAUUCUCAAGGAGAUCCUGAUGAUGCUUGGUCUGAGUUGUGAAUUAAGUGAAAUUCCUAUGUUGACACCUAUUUACCUUCUCUCUUCUGAUGAGGAAAUGCAUCUUGCUUUUCUGAAAUGGCUUGAGGGAAAUGUGGAUUCAGAAGGAUUAAGGGCAUCCAGCAAGAUGUCUCUUAAAUUUGUUUCAUCCUACAAAUCAAAAAUGGAGAUAACUCCAUCUCUUGUCCCAGUCAUCACUGAGAUGGGAAGCUUCUCAUCAGAACACUUCAACUUGAAGACAUACCUACAAAAUCUUCAAACAAAGAAGCUUGGAAAGAUUGUUCUUUUUACUGAAGUUACCACAACAACAAUGAAUCUUCUAGAUGGGUUAAUGUUUGAGUUGCCUGAGGAGAUGGGUUUAAUAGCAAUUGCUGUCCAACAGACACAAGGGAAAGGUCGCAGUGGAAAUGUUUGGCUCAGUCCCAUGGGCUGUGCACUGUCCACCUUACAUCUCACCAUUCCUCUACAUUCCAACCUAGGCCAGAGAAUUCCUUUUAUUCAACACCUGGUAUCCUUGGCAGUGGUAGAGUCAGUUAGAUCAAUACCAGGAUAUGAGGAUAUUGAGCUGCGAGUUAAAUGGCCAAAUGAUAUUUACUACAGUGAUCUUAUGAAGCUGGGUGGAGUUCUGGUAAACUCUACGCUUAUUGAAACAACAUUUCAUAUACUAAUUGGCUUUGGAUUUAAUGUGAGUAACAGCAACCCCACCAUAUGCAUCAAUGAUCUGAUCUCCAAAUUUAAUAAGGAAGAAGGGACAAAGCUGAAGCCUUUAACUGCAGACUGUCUUAUUGCAAGAACUGUAACUGUGUUAGAGAGGCUUAUAGACAUUUUUCAGGAGAAAGGACCCAAUGGAGUUCUUCCCCACUACUACAAGUACUGGGUUCACAGUGGUAAGCAAGUUCGUCUCUACAGUGAGGAGGGCCCAACAGCGUGGAUAGUUGGGAUAGAUGACUAUGGAUUCCUUCAGGUUCAUGAAGAAGGCAAGGGUGUGGAGUCUGUGCACCCAGAUGGCAACUCUUUUGACAUGCUAAGAAACCUCAUAGUCCCAAAGCAACGGUAGUGCCCAGAACUCACAGCAAAACAGGGAGGCUCUCUCCUGCUUGGCAACUGAGUAGCUAAACUUGCUGAAAGGUGGGGAAGGUAGCUGAUAGCUUGACUUAAUUUUUUUUUCUUUUGAUUUCCUAAUGUCUUUGUUGUUUGACAUGGACAGCUUCAACAGCUAGGAGGAGGUAAUUAUCUCACUGCUGAAGGCCUUUAUUCUUUUGAAUUAACUUCAAAACACAUCUAUUUUGCUAUUCUUUGUAAGCAUCUUUUCUUUAAAAGGACCCUAUUUGCAAAAGAGUUCCUUGCGACAGAUAGAACUUUCUCUUCAUUUACAAACUGUAAAUGAGAAACUGAAGUUGCUAAGUAUUUCUUUUUUGUGUCUCUCAGUUUUUACUAUGCAUUAGCACUAUGCAAUACAGUAUUCACUUUUUUCUAUGCUUUUUUUAAACUAAAUUCUGGUUUAUGUGUUGUCUGUGGUAGAAACAGCUAGAAGAGCUCAUCAUAUAUUUCUGAAUUACUGGGAUUACCACUGUCUUUAGAUUCAGAUCUAAGCAGAGCCUUAUUGAUUUGGCUCUCCGUGUGGUCACCAUCCUGUACUUCGGUCUCAGGUCUACAGCUCUGUCAUGGCUGCAUUCUGUUCUCCGUCAGCACUUAAGAGCUGUGGUUGUUUAGCCAAAUCACUUGUACUUUGCUCAUCUCCGUCAGUUGGAUCUGAGUAAAUGGUCUCAUAUUUGCUUCUAUUUUUGUAGUCUUCCGAGAAGCUUUAGCCCCUGUAAAAAGAGCCUCCUGGUUAGUAGUGUAUCAGACCAUGGUAGUAUAUGGCCUGGUUGCAAUCCUCUUCUCCAGUUUAUUCUAAAAUCUUGUGUUAGGAAAGUCUAAAUUGUUUACAAUUUAAUAGUUAUUCUACUAUAACAGUAAUGAAGUUAAGAGAAAAAUGUUCUGCUAUUAAAAUCCCUGCUGUAAAAAGAAAAAGAGAAAACACUUCAUUAACCUGUGCCCAACUUGUCAUUCAUUGUUUCUGUCGUCCCCCCAGUUCCCAAAGCAGAGCAUCCAGGUUUGCUGCUAGCCAUUAAAAGCAAGAGGUUUAAUGUCUGCUGACCUGAGAGUAGCUCAC